AUGGCCGAAGUCGGGGAGGACAGCAGCGGGGCACGGGCUCUGCUGGCGCUGCGCUCGGCGCCCUGCAGCCCCGCCGCGGCGCCCCCUCCCGGGCCGCCGCCCCCGGCCGCGCCGCCCGCCGCCGCCUCCGCCGGCCCGGUGCUGGCACGGCUGCAGGGCCGCGAGUUCGAGUUCCUCAUGCGGCAGCCGGCCGUCACCAUAGGCCGCAACUCCUCGCAGGGUUCGGUGGACGUCAACAUGGGGCACUCCAGCUUCAUCUCCCGGCGGCACCUGCAGCUCAGCUUCCAGGAGCCGCACUUCUACCUGCGCUGCCUCGGCAAGAACGGAGUCUUCGUCGACGGCGCCUUCCAGCGCCGCGGCGGCCCGGCCCUACAGCUGCCGCAGCAAUGUACUUUCCGAUUCCCUAGCACAGUUAUAAAGAUCCAGUUCACAUCUUUAUACCAUAAAGAAGAAGCAAAAGAGGAAGCCUCAUCACCUCCCCUCCGGCCACUUUAUCCUCAAAUAUCUCCUCUGAAGAUCCACAUCCCGGAGCCGGAUCUCCGGACCGUGGUCAGUCCCCUCCCGUCCCCCACAGGCACUAUCAGUGUUCCCAACUCUUGCCCGGCCAGUCCACGUGGUGCUGGAUCCUCAGGAUACCGUUUUGUUCACAACAUUACCUCGGAUCUGCAGCUGGCAGCAGAGUAUGCAGCAAAAGCAGCAUCAGAACAGCAGGCAGAUGCAUCUGGCGGGGACAGCCCAAAGGAUGAGUCCAAGCCACCCUAUUCUUACGCUCAACUAAUUGUGCAAGCUAUAUCAUCAGCACAGGACAGGCAAUUAACACUAAGUGGGAUCUAUGCCCACAUUACCAAGCAUUAUCCAUAUUACAGAACUGCUGACAAAGGCUGGCAGAAUUCCAUUCGGCACAACCUCUCCUUGAACCGUUACUUCAUUAAAGUCCCACGCUCCCAGGAGGAGCCUGGAAAGGGCUCCUUUUGGAGAAUUGACCCUGCCUCUGAAGCCAAACUAGUAGAGCAAGCAUUUAGAAAAAGAAGGCAAAGAGGAGUAUCCUGCUUCCGAACACCUUUUGGGCCUCUCUCCUCCAGGAGUGCUCCUGCCUCCCCUACUCACCCUGGCCUGCUGUCCCCUCGCUCCAGUGGCCUCCAAACUCCAGAGUGCCUGUCCCGGGAGGGCUCCCCCAUUCCCCAUGAUCACGACUUUGGGUCAAAGUUGGCUUCAGUUCCCGAGUAUCGGUACUCACAGAGUGCACCUGGAUCUCCAGUUAGUGCUCAACCAGUGAUUAUGGCUGUUCCUCCACGACCAUCUACUCUGGUGGCAAAACCAGUGGCAUACAUGCCAGCAUCAAUAGUGACUUCUCAGCAGCCUCCAUGUCAUGCAAUUCACUUAGUCCAACAAGCUCCCACUGUUACAAUGGUCCGAGUUGUGACCUCCUCUGCAAACUCUGCAAAUGGAUACAUCCUGACAAAUCAAGCCACAGCAGGAGGAGCUCAUGAAGCUGCAGGAGCAGUGUUGGACUUAGCUGGUGACCACCGAGGCAUGGACGAAAAGCCAACCAUCGCCUUUGCCACCAUACCUACAGCCAGCCGGGUCAUUCAGACUGUUGCCAGCCAGAUGGCACAGGGAGUUCCAGGACAGACUGUCACCAUCCUCCAGCAGGCAGCUCCAGUCACCCUUGGGCAGCACCAGCUCCCUGUGCGGGCGGUCACGCAGAACGGGAAACACGCAGUGCCCACCAACAGCAUCGCCGGCAGCACCUACGCUCUUACAAAUCCACUGCAGCUUCUUGCAGCCCAGGCCAGCUCAUCCACUCCUGUUGUUGUCAGUCGGGUGUGUGAGACAGGGACUGAAGAGACAGCAGCAGCUUCCUCCACUGAACCUGAAGUCAAAAGACCCAGGACAGAAGAGCCCAGUGGAGCAGUCUCAGCCCAAACUGGAGUCAUCACCUCUACAGCACCACAAGGACAGGCAACCAGUGAAUGAAGAAGCAAUGAGAGGAGCUGGAGUGAAGCAGAGUGGGCAUGGGAUGGCAGGAGCCCUAAAGCAGCUUUCAAAGAAAAGAAACCACAACUGUCACAGCUCAAAACAUAGAGGAUAAAGAGCUCUUUUUAAAGUCAGAUUUUUAAACGGGAGGUCAACAGCUGUUUAAAAUCACAAGGUGCCAAAAAGAAUGGAAAACCCCUCCCAAGAACCCAUAUCUGGAACUGUUCUGUCUUUACCUAUGGGAUAUAUUUUCCUUCUUCUUUUUUAAAAAAAAAAUAUCUAAAAAAAAAAAAAUAGACAACUGAUUGUAUGACUGCUGGGAUAUUUUUAACUGUCUUUUCUCCUUUUGGCUCCAAGGGGAUGGGAUUUGCAGUUCAGCAUCUAAAGGAAUGUAACACAAUUACAGUCUGCUCCCUGGAAAGAAAACUCCUCACUUUCAUGCCUUAAUACUGUGCUUCUCAGAGCUUUGAACCAUAGGACCAUUUUAAAAAGACCACCUAAGGCAAUCAGAUGCUGAAAGAUGGGUGCAGUAUCUCACAACAACAGCAUUAAAGAAACAUGGUACCAAGCUUAAAGAAAAAGGCAAAUGAUUUUGUUUAAAACAGAAAAAAAUCUGAAUAUGAACUAAUGUUUAUUUAUGUGGGAAUUCAGGAGGAAGAGUUGCAGGGCUCAAACACCUGAAUUCCAGAUGCAAUUUCUCUCCAUUCCCUCUGAGGGCAAAAAAGAUGACAGAGAAACUGUAUUAAUUUAGACCCUGUAAAGAUAUUAAAAGCAAAGGGUUUUCUACGUUCAAUGAUCUCAUACAAUUAUUCAUCACUUGCUCUGGACAACAGCUGAAGCAUCUUGAUGACUGAGGAUCCCCUGGGGAAAGGUGUCUCAAGAAGGUUCUGGGUGCAUUUGAUUGAUCCCAUCCUGUGCUGGAGCACCAGGUGUUGUUCAAAACAGCACUGGAGGUGAAGGCAUUGCCAUGGUCUCUGUGAACCUGAAAAAAUAUUGAUUGGUCUUCUGCACUAAAGCAAUCUGCCUUCACCUGUUGCUAGUGUAGUUCUCAACUUAGAUGGAUGGUGAGUGGGAGGCCAGGGUUAGGUAGAGAUCUGUCAGUGACCUUCAGCCAUGGCAAAGCUCCUGCGUCAGUCUUCUGAGAGCUGGAGUGAGAGGCAGCAGAGUUCAUACAUUUGUGUUUAAUACAAAUUCUGGAAGUGUGUAAAGGACAAGGCAAAAGAGGCCUUUAAUUUUCCAUGUGGCAGAAGUCACUGGAGGUCUUAAGCAGGUUUUCCAAAAGGAAUUUGAAGGUUUCCUUGCAUGUCCUGACUGCCUCUCCCACUUCUCCCUAGAGGACCAUUUGGGUUGGCCAGUAGGAAAAGGCUUUUAUUCAAACUGUGUUCCAGGCUCUGUGUGCUACAAGUACAUCUUGGGAGCAAAGCAGAUUGGAAUCACUUCAGCCAUGUAGAGCAGUGGGAGUGUGUUCUACCUUGGGACUGGCAAAGAAACCAGUGUGUAGCCUCUGGUAGCCUCUAGCCUAACCCUUUUGGUUUUAUGGCCAUUUGCAGUCCCCUUGGCUAACAUGGCACAGAGAUCUUUUAAUUUAAAAACUGUUAUGGCUUUGGUAAUGGCAAGAGGGACUUCAGAGGCUGGGCUGUGCCUUUGGUAGGUUAUCUCCCUCUCUGCACUGAUUUGUUGUCAGGUUGCUGUCCUACACAGCUUUACAGUGAGAUCUCAAAGCAGAGAGGUAAACCCACUGCUUAAACAUGUUAUAAAAUCAUUUCCCCAGUGUAAAUGAUACUGUCCCUGUAUUUUAGGGAUUAGGGAAUAAGGCCCAACCAUUCACCGUCUUGGGGAGGGGGAGAAAAAUCCACAAAGUAACAGCUGGUAGCACUUGUUCCCUUCUAGGUUUCCCUUCUCUUUGCCAAAUCCUAUUCAAUAAUCAAGUCCCACAACUUGAAUAAACCCAGCCAUGUUUUAUUCUCAAGUCAAUUGUUUGGCAGGAAGUAUUUCUGAAAGGAGGAAAGAAUUCCUUGGUCUUGUGAUUUGUGGUUAUGUUCUGCUGUUAGAGGUAUACAAAGUCUUAAGGACACUUCAUUUACCUACAGCUUGGCUUUCAUAAUGUAGGGGGGUGCUUUUAGUGACAAGUUAUUAGCUUGGAUUUUAGUACUUUGAAAUGAUUUUGUGAAGGAGGGUUGUUUUGUUGGAAAGUUUUGUGGGGUUUUUCUCUACUGCUGCUUUUCUCUUGGAAAGUCUAAAUAAUCAAGCCCUAAACUUCAGUAAACUGGUCCAGUACCAUGGAAAUACAUCAGCUAAAUAACAGUGUUUUCCUAGAUCAGCUGCUGCUUUAUAAUACCUCUUGAAAGUCCAUCCUCAGGGUGCAUGUACAGCUCUGCCUCCUCAGUAUUUAGAGCAGAAAAACACUUUUUCACUCUUCCUUGUAUGGCUCCCAAUACCUGCUGGUUAAAAUGCAAGUUGAGGAUAAACAAAUAUCUUUGAUCUGCUUGAGGUCUCUGGAACUUGUCAGCUCAUCCUAUCAGAGGAUUUUUAUUUAUCAGUCUGCUGCAUCCCCCUGCUACUGUAGGAAGCAGCUCUGCCACUUGCAGAUUUCUUUUUUGGUAGGUUUGCCUGUAUCACUGCCUGAUACCUGGUAAAAAUAACAAUCCUACUAAAUCCUGUUGAGAGCUGUGGAAAAAUGCAGUGCUCAUCUGGAACACCUGAGAUUGGGGAUGUCUCAUUCCUGGCCUCCAGAUGAAUUCUUCAAACACUCUGCUCAGUCUGGAAGACAGCACCAUUCUCCUGACACAUCAGUUCCCAGCCCUGCAGAAAAUGUAAAAAUUAUGUGGAAUGAAGCCUUCAGCUAGAAAGAAAAUGUUACCUUAAUGGUUACCUUAAUGGCAGUACUCAGAUUAUUUUACAGGGAUUGUCUGCCUUGUUUUUAUUGUCUGAAAAGUUGCAUCUCAUAGCUUCAAUUAAUUGUAUCACCUGGGGGGGGGGAAGAAGUAGGAGCUUCACUGUAUAUUUUGUCUGCAUAAGAAAGCUGAAGGCUUAUUGAAUAUUUAACCUGUGCUAAUUUAGACUUGGAAAAACUUUCACACUUUAAGAACUCAGUUCUAAUUCACUUUUCACCAUUCCCUAUUGGUUUGGGGUUUUUUUCCAUCUUAGGCAAUGACAAAGACUAAUAUUGCUUUGAUUGCAAUCAAUUUAUAGCAACUUCUGUUGUCUCAGCUUGCAAAAGCUGAAUGCAGUUGUUCUUGGAUUAUUCCACUCAAAUUCCUUAGUUAUUGUUUUCUCUUGACCUUGGCUCUUCUGCUCCAGGAAACUUUUUCCAGUGAGAUCAACUUAAUGUGAUUUAGUGAUAAGAUUACACAGUGCUGAGCAGAGAACUGAAAUAACUCAUAUAUUCUUUUCAACUCCUUUUUCUUCCCCUAUUCCUCCCUCCCCCAUAGCACUGCUGCUGUCCCCUCUAACACCCCCACCCAUUUUUAUCCACCCAGGGGAGCAGCACCAUGCAAUAAGUUCUGCCCAAGGACUCAAGGGUAAAAACAGUAAAAAUACCUGUGGUAUAGAGCUCCUUAACAGGUUGAGAAAGGUCAAUUUGGUCACCUGUUACUUAAUUUUCAUGCUCUGUUUUAAACUUAUUACUGUUGAGCAUAGCCUGUCCAGGAGGGUGUUUACAGAGACUUGUUAAAGCUUUCUAAGAGGGAAAUGGUUGAAUAACAGCUGAAGCCUUUGCUGUGCUUCUGAAGUGAAUGUUGUGGUCUGGCUUCAGGUUUUUGGGGGCCUAAACUUGGUCUUGCAUUCUUGAGACAGACAUCUGUCUGAUCUACUGACUUGGAGCUGUCAGUCAGAGUUAAUUUCCACAUUUUUUCCCUUUGUUCAGUAGGGAAAUACCAGCACUGAAAUAAAAGCUGAAGGAGAGAGGGCUGGUGACCUGUUUGUGAGCAAGUGAGAGUGUCUGACCUGAGCUUUCAUACAGUGUGGUGGGGAAGAAUUUUCAGUGACCACUGGGGAUAUUAAAUUGAUGUUAGAGCUUUUCAUCUGUUAGCAAGAGGGUUUCCCAGUGAGAUAUUUGGUAUCACUGAUGUCAUGUGUAGCAUGGAAACUAAUGUCAAAGUGGAGGGUGAAAGGAGGAACCUAGGUCUGGGGAUCAUGGAUGGCAAGGAUUUUAUCUAAUAAUAAUUCUCUACCUUUCCAUAGAGGAUCAAGAGCCAUUUCUUCAAGCUUAUUGUGUCAAAGAAUUCAUUUCCAACUGAUUGGUUGUUUCAUCUUUCUGAGGUUUAAACCAUAACUUAUAAAUUAAGGUUUAUCACUGUGAUAAACAUAGAUCACAUAAAAUGUCAAUAUUAGGGAAAAUCAACCCUCUGUUGUCUCUGCCACUGACCCGUUGUAGAAAUAUUGAAUAACUUGGGGUAGAAUGAACCUUUCUCUGCUGUAACCUCCUACUGAGAGCAGGUCCAACUAAACCACAUUGCUGUGACUUUGUCCAGCUGAGCUUUUAAUAUCUGCAGAGAUAGCUCCAUCACUUUGGUCCAUAUUCCACUCUGACCCUGAGGUGAAAACCUUUCACCCUGAGGCAAAACCUUUCACCCUGAGGCAAAACCUUUCUCAGCUAUCCAAGAAUUUCCCAUCUCUUCUUUCCCAGAAGGAUUUUCCCAUUUUUCUCUUGUUGCCUCUUCUCCUGUCACAUCACCUCUGAGAACAACCCAGCUCUGCCCUCUCUGUAUCUGGGCAGAGAUGAGAUCUGAGCCUGGGCACAGAACUGCUGGAAUGAUUUGAUAACUGCUGGAUGGAGUGGAAAAAAAAUCACUUUCCUUGGCCUGGUAGCUACACCUCUACAAGUGCAGCCCAGCAACUCUCUCUCUUGCUGCAAGACAUAGGUAAGAAAUGAGUCCCAAAGUGAACUGGAACUACUUUGGAUUUGUAUGCAACCAUCUUGUCCUUCUCUUCCAAGGAAAAGUGCCAGCCUGGCUCUUGGAGCUUUUAGGACAGGAGGCAGUGCUGAUGACUCCUGGUUACAUUUAGAAAUAUCUGUUCUUUACCUUCUCAAAUGACAGGUUCAGUCCUGAUGGGGAACUUGCCUGGUGUUUCUUCCCUAAUGAAAAAUCUGUCAGGUUUUUAUGUCCUGCUGCUAAUACGUUGGAUUAGGGCAUUAAGAAUGAGCUUCUAAAGCAACAGAACUAGCUUGGUAAUUUUGCCCUUGCUGCAGUGCCAUCCUGCAGCAAAAAUUAUCUGUCUUCCUUUGCCAGCCAGUCUCUCAGGCAGCCUCCAUUUCUCCUUCCCAUCACAAUUUUUCUCCUGUUUGUAGCUGCUUCUGUCAACUCCAGAGUCUUUUAAUACAGCUCCUAAUUUAAUGCCAUUGCUUGAAGGGCUUCAUCUGGUGGGAAUCUGCCCGUUGGGGUGCAUUUACACAACAGAUGGUUCAGUCAUGUAACUUUUUGUUUCCUUCUGGAUGAAAAAUUAUGCCAGAGCUGCUGCUACCAGAGCAUCCACUACUGUCACAGAAGUGUAGCUUACAAUGGAGCCAGCUGUGCUGCAGAAAACAGUUGCACUACAAGGUCAUCUGGAUGAUGGGAGUGAUGCUUCCUUGCUUUCUGUUGAUCUGGACCUGAUCAAACCACAGCAGUGACUUGGGGCUGCAGCUCCUCUCUUUUUGCAGCUGCUCAGCUGUUAUUUGGCUGCCAUUAGGUAGCUCAGCCCCCUCUCUGUCUGCCAGGUGGCUUUUAGGAGGGCAGCACAAGUGUUUUGUGAACAUGGGGGUGAAGAGACACACAGGCAAUAACCUGGCUGUGGUGUGGUGGUGGGAUUUCUGUGCUAGGGUCUCUUUCACAACAAUGAGCAUUGGACUGAGCAAGACACAUACUUUGGUUUUCUUGGAGCACUGUAUUUCAAUUCCAGUUUUCUAAUUGACUUCUUUGUAUUUAUAUGUUCAGAAAAUUCUUUUGAUACCUUUUCAAUUAGACAACAAUUAAUUAAAACCCUUCAGGAUACGUGGCUGGUCCUCUCCUUAUGUGUCACUUGGAAGUUUCAGAGCUCGAUUGUAGUUGUGCUCAAGGCAGAAGAAACCAAUGACAGUACAUGGGUGGCAGCUAAGGAAGAAACCUUUUAAAUAUUUUUUUUUCAGAGAAUAUUAAAUUAGAACUGUGUAAACAUAAGAGUUUCUAUUUAUUAACAUGUGUGUGAGUGUGUGUGUAAAUAUAGAUAUAUAAAUGGUCCACGAUUAUUUCUUUCUUUCUGUUAAAUGGUACUUUACAAGACUUAGAUACAGUAUGUUGGUAAAUUCCCACACCAGGCACUAAUUCUGAAUGAUGAACCUGUUCUAAUAAUCAAUUUGGGCAGCCAGUAGAAGCAGCUUUACUUCAGCAAUUGCUUUCAUUCCUCCCACAGAGCAGAAGCAGCAACUUGGUACUUGCAUCUUCCUGGGGUAGGAGCCCUUCUUGUGACUUUGUCACCCUUUCAGCAGCCCCAGGCUGAGCUGCUUUUCUGGCAAGAAAAUCCCUCAAGUGGCACUAAUGAAAGCUGGAAUCCUUUCUCACCUCAAAUGAUCUCUAGAUGCUGUAUCAGGGAUCUGUUCUAUAAGUAAUGGGAUGUCAUUUUUAACAGAGGCAAUGGAUGGCAUGAGGAUGCUGUAGGGUUGAGGAAUUCCUGUCUGUCUGUCUCUCAGGUGGCUUAGCCAGCACCAGAGCACUAUAAAAUAGUUUCUUUUCAUCUGUGGUGAGCUUAUUCUCCUUUUAUGGUGCUUCUGUAUCUUCAUAGGGUGUGUAAAUCCCCUUUUAAACAACCCCCUAAGUGUUUUUCUAACGUUCCCAUUCACAGGGUGUAAACUUUACCAAACUGGCCAAAUUUCAGUCCCUGUUUAGUUCCACAAGGAUCACUAAAUUCCCAGAAGUGUGUGGGUUUUGAGAAUUAAUCUUACAAGAUACUUGGCUUCCUAAUUGCUCUUCCAGAAGUGGAAGCUCCUUUUCCUGUAAGGACCUGGGUGAAUGUUUCAGCAGGGUCUCUGCUUGGGGUCAGACUUUGGUACUUAGGGGAGGGAUGGGAUGGGUGGCAACAGCAGUGCCCAGGGUAGGAGCAGGAAAGAGCUUUCUUCCUUAGCAGAAAAUAACCCUGGAGAAAACCAGACUUCCCCUAGUAUUUGGUUACUGCUUUGUGUCUGCUGCUGGUAUCCCAAAUCCUGGCACUUUUCCUGUGAUCUGGACCUUUCAGUCCUGCUUCUGCCCCACCUCAGUUUCACUUAAAGCAGUCUGAAACAGAGCCUUCCUUAAAGCUAAGGGCAACAUUGGGGAGAAAUGUCUGCUCACUAAAGGAAAAGGAGAUUUAAAUGGAGCAGAAAAAGGGAGAUUUCCUUCUGUUUCACUGCCUUGCUGCUAAAAGUCUGGUGCAGGACAUCCAAAUGUUCUGCUGAUUUAUGUGCUGCUCUUUUGGGGUGGACAGGCUGCUGAGCAGGCAAGGUGGCUCUUGAGCAAAUGCAUUGCUGUAAACCUACACUUGCUUCACCUUGUUUGGGUUUUUUUUUUUCCUCCCUCAAAUGGGCUUGAAGUAGAGGGAGGGAGUCAGAGUAUUGUUGUAAGGUUUUUUUUCAAUUAGGAAAAAAAAAAAAAAAAAAAGAAAAAUAGAGAAUGUAAAAACUCUUUACUCAAGUACACUGAAACCAGAAUGGCUUUAAAACACAAAAAAUCUCACGAGACCAUAUUAUUGCCUUGGGUUCUGGACAUGCCAUUUGUCCUGUGUUGUGACUCUCCUUGCCAGGCAACCUCUGCAUAGCCAAAAAAAUGCAUUUAGGGCUCCUGUAUCCAUCCAGAGGGCUGUGUGUGACUCCAAGGACUGUUAAAAACUGCUAAAACAAAAGAUGGAUGUGAGCAACGGGGGGGGUAAGGCUGGAAAUUUCAAUCCAACUCUAAAUGUUUGCUUUAAUCCAGCAUAAUUGGGCUCUCCCCCUGUUCUGCAGAGCUUCAUUCCCACUCAGGGAAGGCUCCAGUGUGGAAUGAGGACCUGAGAUACUCCAGGGGCUUGACACGAGUGUUUUGCUAGAAAGAUCUGGGGGAGCCUCACCACUUUCUUCUAGAUUUGGCACUUAAUUUAAAGAUGGGGACAGGUGGGGGAACCAAAGCCAUGAGUGCAUUUCAGUUCCUGGGGCUGCCUGAACAAGCCACCUUCAGCCAGAUGUUUUUUGUGGAUUUAUUUUAAUUAUUUUUUAUUUUUUUACAGUUGAUAUCAAAAGUGGGCUUUGUGACUUGUUUUUCACCAUCAGUGCUUUUUAAAAAGCAGUUGUGUAUCCCAAGGGCAGAAGCUCCAUCUGGGGGUGGGAGGGGUUGGAUGUGGAGUUGAUCAGCAGCUUUUUUUGGCCCUGAUGCAGCUCUGCUCCUCUGAGAUGCUGAACUGCACAGCCAGACCCUGGGGAUGCUGAGCCUGCUGCUGCUCACCAGAUCCAACCAGGAGCAUCCCAGGAGCAGGACCUGCAUUUCCACAUCCAAUGGGAUACAGUGGGGUUUGUUUUUUUUUUUUCUUUCAUAUGGAGCCAUACAUUUUUUUUAAAGUAAUUUGAGAUCUGAAUGUGAUUUCUAAUGUAUCAAGAAUAUUAAUAUUUUAAAGCUAUAACAAAGUUUUAAAUUUCUACUUUUUUUUUGUUGUUGGUUUUUUUUUUCAUUUAACUGUUCUGUUACCUUAAUUUGAUGUUAUGUGGUUGGGGAA